GAGAAUAUUUUUUUGCUCAUAACCAAAAUAUUUACUACCUGGAUCAGACCGAACCCCGGAUAUCCAAAUUUGCCGGGAGGAUCAAAAAUGGAUUCCAGAUCGGUCAGUUCUCGGAUCCUCAGAUAAAUAAUAUCUCCUUCUCUGUCUCUCGAAUUCCCCCGUCGUCACGACAGAAAAGCUUCUACUUCGAUCUUCUUGUUGGAGAUCUGUACUGCUUUCGCAUCCCUCUUCAGAUAAUGGGUUCUAGAGAUUUAAUUAGCAGUCUACCAGAUGAGGUUCUUGGCAAAAUCCUGUCUUUGCUUCCGACAAAACGUGCUGCUUCCACAUCGGUUCUGUCCAAAAGGUGGAGGACUCUGUUUGCCCUUGUAGAAAAUCUUGAUUUGAAUUACGCAAGAGGUGGUGAUCCUGGUGACUUCUGUGAUUUCGUGGACAAUAUGCUUUCUCUCUUAAACAAUGCUCCCACCUUAAAAAGAUUCUCUCUGCAAUUAAAUUUUGCAUUGCCCUUGCAUGACUAUUCUCGUGUGAAUAGUUGGAUCCAGACUGUCCUUACGCGCGGCUGCUUGGAACUUUAUUUAGAUAUCAUAUUUUUGGAUACUAUAGAAAUCGAGGUCUUCACAAGCAACACACUGGUUAAUCUCACAAUAUGCACUGGGUUUUAUCCUGACCGUCGUCUUCCUAGUGGGAGCGUGAUUUUCCCAGCGCUAAAAAAACUCUCUCUCAUUUUAGUGAUGUUUGAAGAUUAUGAGAGUUAUCAAGAUCUUAUCUCUGGCUGCCCUGUGCUUGAAGACUUGUUUUUAUAUUAUAGUGAGGCUAGAUUUCCCCCGAACUGGAGUGGCACUGUGUUGAGUCCUUCCAUCAAGCGACUGACCAUCUAUCACCAUUUUCCCAGUUACCGCGAGGCUCAAGAUGAUGUUUUCUUUAAGACACCAAAUCUUGUGUACCUUGACUAUUAUAGUUAUGUUGCAGAUCAGUAUGAGGUUUAUCUGGGAUCUCUUUUAGAAGCUAGACUGAAUAUUCGAUCAUGGGAACGUCGACGUAUGGUUGAUGAUGAGGAUAGUGAUACAGAGAAUGAUGAUGAUGAUGAUGAUGAGGAUGGUAAUACAGAGAAUGAUGAUGAUGAUAAUGAUGAUGGUGAUGAUGACGACGAUGAUGAUGAUGAUGAUGAUGAUGAAUAUGGUGAGGAUGCUGUGGGUGAUGUUACGGGUCUGGUUGCAGGGAUAAGCAAUGUUAAAACUCUUCACUUGUCCUAUGAUUCUCUUGAGGUGUUUCACUUUUGUUGUAAAUCAAUGCCGGUGUUUCACAACCUCGUUACUUUAUCUUUUGAGAGUAACAAAAACAGAGGUUGGCAAGUGGUGCCACUUCUCCUCAGCAACUCUCCAAACCUAGAAACUCUAGUCAUCAAGGGUCUUGUGCACGAAGUUACAGAUAGAUGUGGAAACGCCUGCCCUUGCAAGAUCCCUAAGAAGAAGAAGAAGAAGAAGAAGGAGGAGGAAGAAUUUUGUAUAUCAAGACUAGAAACUAUAGUCAUCAACGGUAUUGUGCACAAAAAUCCAUAUAUAUGUGGAGCCGGCUGCCGCCCUUGCAAGAUCCUUGAGAAGAAGAAGAAGAAGGAGGAGGAAGUAUGUUGUUUAUCGAUAUGUCGAGUGAAGGUCCUAAAUAUUUUAAGGUAUAAAGGAACUCGUAGAGAGCUGGAACAAAUGAGGCAUUUCUUGGGGAAUUUAAAAUGUCUUGAAACUGUCAAGGUUGGUGUUAACGUGAAUCACCAAGAAGACACCAAUGAUGAUUAUAAUAGGUACAUGAGAAUCACCAAUGCUCUUAUGAAGCUUCCUAGAGUUUCAACAAACUGUCAGAUCCAUUUCUUCUAAUUUCUCCUUUCCUCUUUUAUUUAUUUGACUGUUGCAAAACCUUCUUUAUUAAAUUGUUGCAAACAUUAGUAAUCAAACUCUAAAGUUAUUGUAUAUGAUAUUCUCCUCGUUUCAUAAGAAGCAAAGGUUAAGCA